AUGGCCACUACAUUCUUCAAACUCCUCGUUUCUUCGCCCGAAAUCGAUUCUUCUACCCGCAAAGCCAAGUCCAUCCCGGUGCUCAACCCAUUCAACCAAUAUGGACGAGUAUUCUUUUUCUCAUGGCUGGGCUUCAUGGUCGCAUUCCUGUCCUGACUUCUUGUGCGGGUAAUUGCUGGUCCACUUUGCGACCGAUUUGGUCCACGCUUAGUUUUCGUCGGACUAUUACUGGCUGGAGCCAUUCCAACAGCUAUGGCUGGCCUGGUUACCACUCCGAACGGUCUAAUUGCUUUGCGGUUCUUUGUCGGCAUCCUCGGCGGCACAUUCGUUCCUUGCCAGGUAUGGUGUACGGGAUUCUUCGAUAAGACCAUUGUCGGAACGGCCAAUUCUCUAGCUGGAGGGUGGGGCAAUGCCGGUGGAGGAAUUUCCUAUUUCCUCAUGCCAGCCAUCUACGACUCCCUGGUCACCUCCCAAGGUCUCACGGCCCACAAAGCCUGGCGCAUCGCCUACAUCGUCCCUUUUAUAAUCAUCACAGCCGUCGCUCUGGGUAUGCUAUUCCUGUGCGAAGAUACCCCAACCGGCAAAUGGUCAGAACGCCACCUCUGGGCUAAGGAAAUGGGCUCAAACAUCCACGUCACAAAUGGGGAGCCCCUUGACCUAAGCUCCGGAAGUCCCUCAGCCAAUCCCUCUGGUCCCCCCUCAAUCUAUAACAGCAAAAUAACCGCCGACGUGGAAAAGAAAGGCGGCGCAGAAUCCCCGUCGCAAAUAUCCGACAAAGAAGCUCCAGCAAGGGGACAAAUGUCCACUCUCAGUAGUGACAUCAUUAUCGCGCCCUCGCGCAGAGAAGCUCUGAGCGUCGCGUUCAGUCCCUCGACGAUGGCCGUCGCCGUCCCGUACGCAUGCUCAUUCGGCGCCGAGUUAGCUCUAGACGGAUUCCUGGGUACGUACUACGCUGCGAAUUUCCCGAAAAUGGGACAGACGGAGUCGGGCCGGUGGGCGGCUAUGUUUGGGCUGUUGAAUAUCGUCUUUCGUCCCGCGGGCGGUUAUAUGGCGGAUAUGGUAUUCCGAGCUACGGGAAGCAUUUGGUCGAAGAAGCUUCUGUUGACGUUUUUGGGUGUCAUUAUGGGGGCUUUCUUGUUGGCUAUUGGGUUGACGGACCCGACUCAUGAGGCUACUAUGUUUGGUCUUGUUGCUGGUAUGGCUUUCUUUUUGGAGGCGGCUAAUGGGGCGAACUUUGGUCUUGUUCCUCAUGUGCAUCCUUAUGCUAACGGAAUCGUAUCCGGCCUCGUUGGCGGGUUUGGAAACCUUGGUGGAAUUAUAUUCGCGAUUAUAUUCAGAUACAAUGAAUCGCACUAUGGUCGGUCCAUCUGGAUUAUGGGCGUGAUCUCGUUGGUGGGAAAUGUGGCGUCUCGGCAUCGCCAAGCAACCGGCAUCGGCACGGGUAACGGGCUUCGGGUUAGUGCCCCCCGAACGUGGGUUAACGAUGCGGCGAAGGCGGGGCAUGUCAACGAGAUUGGAACGCCUCCUUUUCUUAAUCCUUACCUAUCUUCUUGA